GCCGUAGUGCGCGUGCGGCGUUGGCGUUGUUGCCAGGAGAAGUGGGCGUGGCCGUCUCUGCGCUGAGAGAGAGAGAAAGAGGAGGGAAGAUGGCGGAGGAGGAGAAGCUCCCCGCGGGCUGGGAAAAGCGCAUGAGCCGCAGCUCUGGUCGUGUGUAUUAUUUCAAUCACAUUACAAAUGCCAGCCAAUGGGAGCGCCCCACUGGGAACAGCAAGAAUGGACAAGGGGAGCCCACAAAAGUGCGAUGCUCACACCUCUUGGUGAAACAUAACCAAUCUAGGAGGCCCUCAUCAUGGAGGGAGGAUAAGAUUACCCGGAGCAAGGAGGAGGCCCUGGAGCUAAUUAAUGGCUACAUCCAGAAGAUUAAAUCCGGGGAGGAAGACUUUGAAACCUUAGCAUCACAGUUCAGUGACUGCAGCUCGGCCAAGGCAGGGGGAGACCUGGGCGCUUUUGGAAGGGGUCAAAUGCAGAAACCUUUUGAAGAUGCCUCAUUUGCACUGAGGACUGGCGAGAUGAGUGGACCAGUAUUCACAGAUUCAGGGAUCCAUAUCAUCCUACGUACAGAGUGAAAGUGCCUUGGUGUGACACACUGGGAAAGGAAAGGGUGGCGGGAAAAGAGGAACAAGAGAACCUUUAUUCCGACCCUCUGUGCUCUCUCUGUCCCUGAACAAACUUCAUAUCUAGCGUUUUCAUUUUUAUUCUGUAUUUAAAAAAACCCUUGUUUCAUAUCUCAGUUCCUUCUUUGGCACCCUGAUGUAAUGUUUCCCCCCAUAGAGAUGCAUGGUUAGUUGAGGCUGAAAACAUAAUCAAAAACAGAGACAGUAGCGUCUUUCUGGGGCUAGAGACGAGGAUGUUUGAGCCGCUUGAGUCUGAUGCUGAUGAUUCCUCUCAUUCAGGAGAUGCGCCUGUCCUUACAGGAUAAUUUGUCAAUGCUUUAGCUCCCUAUUCAACAUAUAGUAGAGUUAUUUAUUGCAGGGCACCACCCAUCGAUGGUGGCAAAAUUUAGCCCUCAGUGUUUUAGAUAGAAUCAGGAUCUUUUCUGCUACUGUCUACCCUUACUUAGGUGUUAAAAAUAUUAUGUUCCCUUUCCACCCCGAAGCAGAAUUCAGUGGCAUUCAGUUUUCAGGUUGGCCAAUCACUGAUAAAUUGCCCUUGGAUAUAUAAUAUAACAGGAACCUUUUUUCUGCAAGAUAGCCUUCCUUUGAGGUAGCAACCUCAAAUGUGCAGUGUCCUAACUGAGCCAUACUGGUGGUCCCCACUGGGCUUCCUUGUUUGCUUCCAACAAGCAGGAGUUUCCUUGCAUCUUGUUUGCUUCCAUAUAGGGGGAGUUUCCAUGCCUCUAAAGAGAUAAGUACCCCCUUCUGUUGUAUUGUUCUUCACCACCCCACACUCACACCCAAUAGAAGCAAAUGGGGAAGACCUGCUUGUGAAGUAACUCAGCAUGGGCAUCUGAGUAUUCCCAGGACUCUGGAUCCAGACACCUGGUUUUUAAUCUGCUAUGUGUUUUCCUCCAGUAUGUUUUCACAUUGACUUAAAACUUGAAGAUGCCUUUUUUUUAAGGACAAGCAAAGGUAUUAACCAUUGGUACGCUUCCCAUAUAGCUCUUCCUUUCCCCAGCUUUAGAUUCCUGCAAAAUUACAUUAGGUUAGAUUGUAUGUUAACCAUUCCCAUGUAUGGUUCUUGAUGCUGAAAUACCAUCCUAUGGGAAGGCUGGUAGAUAUAGUUACCAGGGGUUUGUUAGUUGGUUUAUUUGAUAUGUUAUUCUUUUUUUUCUUUUUUAAGAAGCAAGUCACGAUCCAUUUGUGGUUUAAGAAAACACUGUAAAGUCAAUCUUUCAGUUACACUGCAUUGUUUCUGUUUAGUCAAAUAAAAUUCUCACCAAGUUCCUUGCAUUUGGUCAUCCAAGCAAGCUUUGUGUAUAUAUAUGUAUAGAGAGAGUGUUCCCUUUCUCUUAUGCAAGAAAAAUAAAAUAAAAUAAACCUCUCCAAUUAAAUAUCAUCAGAGUUUUGACCUUAA